UUCCACCAAACCUUGGUUCUGUUCACAGGUAUAAUCAUGCCAUCGAAAGCUGCUCCCAGAGAUCUGAGUAAUGUUCAUUGUGUCCGGAGGACUAAAGACAAGAACGGAGAAGAGAAGAUAGAGCUACUUGUUCUUUUUGAUUGGGAAGACCCUGAGUGGGGACUGAGCGAGGAUAUAGUUAACGACAUGAAGGAGCUGUUCAUGAUGCUGGACACAGAUCAGGAUGGAGUUUUAACGUUUAUUGAGAUAAAGAACGUGUUCAGAUGUUUGGGGAAACGGCUUCCAGAUGAAGACAUUACAAAAAAGGUUCGGAAAUACAGUGAAGAUGAAACCAAUCUUAGUCUGGAGUUUAACGAGUUUUUAAAACUCAUCUCAGCGGAGCUAAAGGAAGAUCCAACCAAGGACGGAAACCAAAUUCUCCAAGCUUUAAGUUUGUUUGACCAAGACGGAGAUGGAAAACUGUCGGAGGAUGAGCUCCGACGAGUCAUGGUUUCAAUUGGAGAAUUUGUAAUCCCGGAGCCGGAGUUUAAUCAGUUAUUACAGAUGUUGGAGAAGGAUGAGAACGGGUUGAUUGAGAUUUCUCUGAUAGCAAAAAUUCUCAGCCCAGAUAAAUAAAUGAUUUAAAAUCGUAAAAAAUAAAUUUUUAUCUUUUUUUUAA